UCCUCUUUACCCUGAUGGGUAGCAUUGCCACAACCUCGUUCAAACCACAAUUACUUGACCGAUGGAGAUAGUUUACUAUAUCCACGCUAAUCAUCACAAUAUGCGCUGACACGGCCAUUGCGGUGUCGAUGCGCUUCUACUUGAAGGCGACCGAAUCGGGCAUCCAUCAAACUUCACGUGUGAUAGAUCGGAUGGUUGUCUGCAUCAUAGCGACGGGCGCAAUAACUAGCAUAUUCGCACUCGCUUCUGGUGUUGCUUUCAUUGUCUCGUCCACAACCUAUCUUUGGCUGGCACUUUUCAUGAUCGAGUCUGGCUGUGAGUAUAUUUCACUCUUAGCAGCACUGAAUGCUCGUGCUAAGUUCUCUCAUGAACUGCAACAUCCAGGAUCAGCGGCCGGUUUAGAAGUGUCAUUGAGUAGAUUUGGCGUACGACAGCUGCACACCUAACGAGAUUCAGAGAUAGGUGGAUAAUGAUUGUUCUCAAGGAAACGCAGGAGGCUGAUGGCGAAGGGUUGAUGAAAAGACUUGGAUGGAGCUCUAUGUGGACCUUACACUUCAACGAUUCAUUUUGAACAGUAGGGGAACAUUUGUAUGCUUAGUGAUGUUGGGAUUC